UCGCUGUUGUUGCUUCCUAAAGUCAUGGCGGAUUUUUUCACAAAUUUACAGAUUUUAGCCUGAUUCGUGGGUAGAUUUUAUUACUUAUCUUAACCGAAGUCGAAAUAAUAAUAGCUCGGCCUAUUUGUAAGUGAAGCAUAGCGAUACGGGCGUUUAAACUGAUUCUGACAUUGGCCAACAUUCUCUAUCGACUCCGUGAAGACGUCUGACGGAUCUUCUCGAAUUUCGGUGGUUCAGUAAAUAGAUAGAAUUAUUCAAUUUUAGCGUCGCACCGUACGUUAAUUAAUUUAUAACGGCUAUUAUGACGCAAUAGGCAUACGAAGAGUUUGGACGCCAUCACAUUAUUUUUACGCUCGAAAUACAGAAAAAGGAGCAGUGAUGAGUGAAGGCGCGCCUAUGCUGUACCAUGGAGGAGGUGGAUUCGGAGGCCCGCGCCAGGGCUUCGCAUCAGCAGGGCAUCUGGAGCGAGCGUGCCACUUCCCCGCUUUGGAGCUGCCGCCGGGCCCGGCUACGCCACAUCACCCUGAACGCCCUGCUAAGGACAACACUGCUUUCGGAUAUGAGUCAGAUGACUCCAGUUUGUCCAGCAAUGCUUCAGGAUCAAACAAAAGUGGUGAGAAAGGAGAAAGCGCGUCCAGUGCCUCAGAGCCCAACACAUCGCCGCAAGGCUACGCGGUGCGCGAGUGGCGCGGGCGCGCCCGCCGCGAGCCGCACCGCCCGCGCCGCAUCGCGCCCGAGCGCUACCUCAACGCCUCCUACCCCUUCCAGGUCAAGUUCACGCCCGACGACUUGCUUAACGGAUCCAAAUGGGACAAUCUGUCACAGGAGAUAUGGGACAAGUUUGUCAAGUCACAGCAGACAGAGGAGACGUUUCGCAAAAAGAUGAACCUUUGGAGAUACCUCUACGUCACAAUAAAGUCAAUAUUCCCGCGCUACGGGCUGUACGUAGUAGGUUCCACGAUGUCGGGCUUCGCGUUAGACUCCUCGGACAUGGACCUGUGCCUGUACGUGCGCGCCCUUGGCGACACCGAACCCCGUGCGCACGCGCUCCUCCAUCUCAACUACAUACUGGCCUACAUCAAGAGCUUCGACCGCGAUGCCGAGCUGAUCCAAGCAAAGGUCCCGAUCCUAAAGUUCCGCGACGCGCGGGCCGGCCUGCAAGUGGACCUGAACUGCAACAAUGUCGUCGGCAUCAGGAAUACUAGUCUGCUCUACUGCUAUUCUCGCCUGGACUGGCGCGUUCGGCCGCUGGUGGCGGUGACCAAACUCUGGGCGCAAGCGCACGACAUCAACGACGCGAGGCAUUGUACACUCUCGUCGUAUUCGCUCACACUCAUGGUCAUACACUUCUUGCAGUGCGGCACAUCGCCGCCGGUGCUGCCGUGCGUGUGCGUGCGCGGCCCGUGGGAGGUGCGCGCGGCGCGCCACAACCGCGCCUCGCUCGCCGAGCUCUUCCUGCAGCUGCUGCGCUACUACGCCACCUUCCCGUACGACAAGAUGGCGGUAUCAGUGCGUGCCGGGCGCUGCGUGCCGGUGUCGGCGUGCCGCGCCGCGCGCAGCCACAAGAACGAGCCGCACCAGUGGAAGCUGCUCUGUGUCGAAGAGCCGUUCGACUUGACGAACACAGCGCGCUCGGUGUACGACCCGGACACGUUCGCGCGCAUCGUGGAGACGUUCCGCGCCAGCGCCGCGCGCCUCGCCGCCUCGCCGCGCCUGGCGGCCGCCUGGCCGCCGCACCCGCCGCACCAGCCGCACCAGCCGCACCCGCCGCACCAGCCGCACCCGCCGCCGCAGUACCAGGAGCGAUGAUCCGCGCUCCGCCCGAGCCGCCGAGAGUGUAAUAUUUUAUGGAGGCUGGUUCUCGAUGUUUCCCAAGACUUUAUUGACGCGGAACAGUGCAUUCCUAUGUUGUGUAGUGUACCUCGUACGAGUGAAGCCCUGACGCCCCGCGCGUGACAAGUGCUCUUACGUCGCCCCGCGGCGCUCUAGUCCAGUAUUAUUGUUAUCGUGUACCGUCGUCGACACUAGGAAACUAACCCGAGGGUGCCAGUCUGUCCCAAUUGAGCCGCGAAUAAAUAACCAGUUAGAAGUUUCACGGGCUGUGAUAUGCGACUGAUUCCCUUAUAAAUAUGUUGUAAGGUAGUGUUGUUACUGAUAGCGGUAAGGACGGGUCCCGCGCCACGGACGUCGGUCCCGGAGCGAACGCGCCGCGUCGUCGAAUUUACACGUACUAUUACAAAUUAUAUACAUUUUAAUUAAGAUAGAGCGAAUGCCACUAUGAAAAAUUAUAUGUUUACAUUCCAUAGUGCCAUUGUCUGUAACUUUAUUUUAAAUCAUAAUUAAGUUAUUAAGAUGCGAAGUUCAGUUUCCGAAUGCGGGCCUCAGCGUAACUCGGUAUACAUAUCGGAGGUGUGGAGCCGCGGCGCCCGCAUUGGGAAACCGCCGGUGGCCGCCGGCGCUGCAUGCUCCUCGCCGACUCGCGCCGAGCACGGACACUAGUCCCGGCCGUGUCGCAACGAUGCUGCCUCACUACGCGUCCUAUUAUUUCUAGUAUUUAUAUUGUUUAUAUGUAAGUUAUUUAAUGUGUACAUAGUAAGAAAGCGGAAAGAUGAAGAAAAAAUACAUAUAUAUGAAAUGCGUUCGUUGAUUGUGACGUGGAGGGUGCGACCGUUCGCCGGGACUCUGCACAUCACAGGCAUCGCUUCGUCGUUAUUGACUAUUAUUACAAAAAAAUUGGAAUGUUUUAAGAUUAUGUACAUUUUCUGUAAAUAUACUUUUAUGGUGUGUAAAGAGUAAAUGACAAAAAUAUGGAAUAAAAAAUGAUGUGGAGCCCGGCGCGAGCGCUCGUGCCGCCGGCGACUGCUCUAAUGUUGUCCCAGUCUAACGAGAACGCAUUGAAAUUAUCCUUACAAUGCCUAUUUUUCUUCCUACUACGCCAGAUUGCCUAAAUAUCAGAUUUCCAGGAUUAUCGGAUUUCAAAGACGCUAAAUUUUUAACACCAAAUAUGCAGUACCAAAGAUAUAGUAGAUUAAAAUGAAUCUCAUAUUUUGGAAAUUCGGUAUUACUACAUUUCGGGAUUGGUUUAGGAAGGUCCAAAGUACAUAAUUUUAGCAGGCUGUUACAAUAUGUUUCUCUGCGUUAUUGUUAGACAUGUGAAACAUUGCAAGUCGUGCUAUGAUACUAUAUUAUGGUGCUAGUGUUAUGCCACGAGCCAAAACGGUUCCGCUCGCUGCGGAACCAGUUAUCUAAUUUAUUUGUAAUGUUUAUUAUAAAUCAUUUGGUGCUAUGAUAUUGUUAUGUUGCCUUUUUAUAUAGGCCAAAGUCGCGGCCUCGCUUGCUGUUAUAUAGGUACCUAGAUUAAGAACUAAAAUAUAAUGCUAGAUCUCGAAUUCCUACGUCAGAGUAAGGUUAAAUUAAGAACGGGCAUAUCUUUGAAAGUAACAAAGACACUGUUACCUUUACUAUCGUUAGGGAUUUGUGCUACAUAAACUCAUAGUUCAUAGUUCGUCGGUGCCUAGCGCAAGUGUCGUUGUCGCUCGCAACGUAAAGUUGUUAAUGAAUUACAAAAUGUUAUGCAAUUUUGUUAUGCAUUAUUGAAUUUUACUUAGAUGAAGUCGAUAUUAGUCAUUCGAUAUUAAAUGUUUUACAGUUUCAUAUUAUAAAAGUUGUUUGUCGCUUCAAAGUUUAGGUGAGAGUAUUAUAUUAGUAUUGUUUGCUAGUCCAUGUCUGGCGUCGCACGUCGCCGGCGUCGCGCGUAAUGUGAGCGACGCCCGCGCUCGCGUCGGGGGUACUUAUCUUUUUGUUCAAUAGCCUUAGCUGUUAUCGGUGGCUGUUGACAGGAUCUUAAUAAUCUAUAAGCAAAAAAAUAUUACAUAUCCUGUCAUGAACGAGUGAGACGUUGUAGUUUCGCGACGUGAAAGGAAGAGCGGUACACCUCCGGCCGCCGCACUCCACUCGAGCUCUUUACUUUUUGUAAAUAAUCGCCAGGCAAUUUUAUAGCGUUAUGUAUAAGUUUUAUAUCGAUUUUACAUUGGCACUCGGCCGCGCUGAAUAUAAAAGUACAAUAAAUAAUUUUAAAACAACUUAUAUAUGUCUAAGAAUACUGAUUAGAAUAAUAUUAAAAAGUGUCUCAAAACUGUUUAAUUUUUGAAAAGAUGUAAUAACUUGAUGAAGCCGACAUCAAAAAAAUAUAAAAAUAAAAACAAAAAAAAACUAAAAAAAACUAAAAAAAUAUAUAAAAACGCCAUAAAAAUAACAAAAAAGAAAAAACAUUGACUUGACUUCGAUCAGAUAAUGAUCGAACGCCAUGUCGUUGUGGCGAAAGAGGAAAGGGAAAGCUUUCACAGCUGUAUUCGAGCGUAAACUGACGAAUGGUAUUGUCUUUCCGUCAAUAUAGCGCUCAUUUAAGUGAGUUGAUGAAGAUGGGGGUUCCGCCUAGUUAGUUCCUACGCUCAGGCGGCGGUGGUCCUGACGCCCGCGGCAUAGGAAUCACAGCCGCCUGCAGAAUUGUAUGGUAGUAACUAGCGGCGAAAACCCGGUGGUGGAACCGUCCAGCAGCGCGCCCUCUCGUGCGCAGGGAGCGCGCGCCGCGGACGCGUGUCCACGUGAAGUUUCUCUUUACUGGAUGCUCUCAGCCCUUCCAAGAAAUAACAUAGCGCGGCGGGUUUACUAAUCACCAAGAGUGGAAGCGACUGAUCAAAUUAUGGCACACUCUUGGUCUUUUCCCGCAGCCGCCUAAUGUAGUGGAAACAAAGUAAAACUUAACUACUUUGUCUUCCGAAGAUCUGAAGUAAUUGUAAUUGGUAGAGUA